AUGGCCAGCUCGGCUUCCCUGGAAACCAUGGUGCCCCCCGCUUGCCCUCGCGCCGGAGCGUCGCCGGCUACGUCCAAGACCCUGGCCUUCUCCAUCGAGCGCAUCAUGGCUAAGACGUCGGAGCCGCGUGGUGCGCCCUUGGAGCCCCGGCCCGGAGCGCUGGAGACGGACGGUGGUGGUGGGCAGGGCAAGAAAUUGCUCAACCUGUGCUCUCCGCUCCCCUGCAUGAUCCCCUUGCCCCCCCUGGGCUACGAGGUGCAGUCCAAGACGCUGCUGAGUUACUCGGAGCUGUGGAAAAGCAGUCUCCGGGCUGGCGGUGGCGGCGGCGGCGGCGGGGGUGGAGGAGGCGCUCCGGUGUGCGGAGCCAGCGGCUUGUGUAAAACCAACUGUGGCAUGUGUUGCAAGGCCGAGCUGGGCCUGGCGCCGUCUGCGCUGCCGCCGGGCAGGGUCAUCAAGCCGCAGGUCAUCAACCAGGCCGUGGGGCUACCGGCCAGCGGCUCCCUCUACUAUUUUAAUUACCUGGACUCGACCUCGUACCCCCCGUCGGAGCUCCUGGGCGGUCACCUUUUCCCGUCUGGCCUCCUCAACGCCCCGGCCCCCGCCGCCCUCGCCGCGCACCCCAAACUCUUUCUCCUGGAGAAUGCCAAGUUGGCCGGCCUGGCUGCGGACAAGUUUGCCCAUCCGGCCCCCUAUUCCCACAAGGAGCGCUUGCCCGCGCCCCUAGAGCAAGUGCUCAAGGAGAACUCGGCGCUGACAGCCGAGCGCGGGGCCGUCAAGGGUCACAGCAAGCUGCCUGGAAGCUCAGCGGAUGGAAAGCCCAAAAACUUCACCUGCGAGGUGUGCGGCAAGGUGUUUAAUGCUCACUAUAAUCUCACCCGCCACAUGCCAGUCCACACAGGAGCCAGACCGUUCGUGUGUAAAGUUUGCGGCAAAGGUUUCCGUCAGGCCAGCACCCUCUGCAGACACAAAAUUAUCCAUACCCAGGAAAAGCCGCAUAAAUGCAACCAAUGCGGCAAAGCCUUCAACCGCAGUUCCACGCUCAACACACAUAUCCGCAUCCAUGCGGGCUACAAGCCCUUCGUCUGCGAAUUUUGCGGCAAAGGCUUUCAUCAAAAAGGAAACUACAAGAACCAUAAGCUGACCCACAGCGGCGAGAAACAGUACAAAUGCACCAUCUGCAACAAGGCCUUCCACCAGGUCUACAACCUGACUUUCCACAUGCACACCCACAACGACAAGAAGCCUUUCACCUGCGCCACUUGCGGCAAAGGGUUUUGCAGAAACUUUGAUUUAAAGAAACAUGUGCGCAAACUCCACGACAGCGUGGGCCCCGCCGCCCCCUCCACGAAGGACCUGACUCGGACUGUACAGAGCUGA